AUGAUUAAGAAGGGAAGUUUCAUGUUGUUUGAACAGUCAGUAUUUUCGAUACUUUUUUUAUUGACCACAGGUUGUCCUUUUCUUGAUUAUGAGUCAUCCUUGUUAAGUAGCACAGGCCCUAUAGAAGAAACCAUUAUAGAGGGCAUGGGGUCAUCUUAAAGUUUUGCUUUUUGGAGUUUUAGUAUUCCAAUGUGGGAAGUAAAGAAGUACCCUUAGGUUGAAGAAAAGUUGUAUGUUGAUAAUAGAAAUGAAUAAUUGUUAUUUCUAUUGAAAUCACUUGAUGAUGAGAGGGUCAUAAUGUUUAUGCAUCUUGCAUUUUCAGAUUUCAUGCCUUUGGUAUCGCAUAGACUAUAUGUAGAGGAGGAGAUUGAUAGUAGUAAUGUCUUUGAUUAUGAUUAUUUCUCAUCUUAAUAUGAAGGAAAGUGGAGCCUAACCAUAAUAACAAUAUAAUAGAAAAGUGUGAUCGUGGAAACGAAUGCAAUGUCAACUCAUUCGAUACCCGAUCUGUCUCAAGAAUUGAAUAAUGUAAAAUUCAUAAUAGGAGGAACUGGGAUUAUCAAUUCCUCUCAUUAGCUGGGGAUUUUUAGAGGAAGAUUAUCAAAAUUAAUACAGUUUACAGAUUAUUCAGCAGGAAGCUUUGUAUUUAUUAGAGAGAAUUGUGCAAUUCCCCCUAGUGUAGUUGGGAAAUAGAUUGUAAGUUUGAUACCGGGGCUAAAGAACUUUGAAGGGGACACGUAGUUGAACUUCGAAGUGAAUGAAGUGGGAUAGAAGUUUUACAUUUCAGGUUGGAUAAAAUUGGAUCCAUCAGAAGCGAGUUUUAUUACAACAUAUAUGGUUCUUCGAUUAACAACGUUUAAGUUAUAUUCUGACGAAUUGAGAUUGGGAGAUGAAAUACUGAAAAUCACAGUAGAUUUAGAUCUUGCUGAACCAGCCAAUAGUGGUUACAAUAUAAUAUCUCAUCAUUAUUCUAUGCCUGUUUAAGGGGCAGUGAAUCCUGAUUUUAUAGGUAGGAAGAGAUUAGAUGAUCCAUCCAGUACUAAUUUUUAAUCCCAAUUGACUAAAUGGCAUUUCAUUGUAUUUCAGCAUGGAUUGUCAGAUUUAUAUUAGUCACAGAUGAAACUAAAUUUUCAAUAAGGACAAACAUAUCAAUUGAAUGUGAUAUUUUUUGACGAUUUUUAAGCACAAGGAUUAUUUAUAAAUACAAAAUACUACUUCAUAUUUGGAGGUGAUUUAACCGUAUUCAGAAAAUUACGUGGACAAAUGCAAAACUUCCAAUUCUGUUACAAUUACGAGGUGGAUGAAGAUAUCUAAUUUUAAUGUCAUCCUACAUGUUUCAAUUGUGUUGGCCCAUUAGCGUCUAAUUGUUUGGGAUGUUAAGAUGGUUUAAAUAGGAGAUGGUCAGAAGAUCUACAGACUUGUUUUUGCACUUAUGGUUACAUAGAGAUCGAAGGCACUUGUUAUUCAUUUAAUGAUUUAUAUCCAACACUAUAGUUUGAUGAAAUGCCUAUGGAUUAGACAAACUCUAUUUGUCCAUUCGGUUAUUUCUAUUUGGAAGUCAAUAAAGAAUGCAUAAGAUGUCCUCAAACAACUUCCACUGAUUUGUUGUGUGUUGAUUGUUUAUUUGAUCCCACCACUUGGCCUUUAUUUCCGGUUUGUAAAACAGACUAUGUGACUUAGAAGAUAAGUGUUUCAGAAGAUGCAUAUAGAAAGCAUCGAAGAUCAAAUACGGAUAACGACGUAUAUUUUAUAGAUUAGAAUUUCAAUUUAAAAUUAAUUGAAGGUGCAUCUGAUUAUUGUAAUACAGAUGACGAAUUGCCAAAUUGUUUUGAAUUCGGACAAAUGAGACAUCUAUCAAAUAAAGUUUAUCUAAUUUGUAAAGAGAAUCAUUACUUCUCGAAUAAUCAUUGUAUAUUGUUAGAUGUUAACUGUAAACGAACAGAAUACAAGGAACCCAAAUGUUUGGAGUGUAUGUAAGGAUAUUACCUACUAAAUGAUAAAUGCGAGUAAUUUGUUUAUCUUGUCCAUCUGGAUACGAAGCAGUUGGUACUACAUGUUUGA